GGCGAUGUGGGGUAGUUUAUCGUCGGAACGUCGCACAAGCGACAUGCUCGGCCACUACCAGCGUCACUUGCGCCGACAUGGCAGUACGGUACGGGAUACGUAGACCGCGUAAUAGCCGGCUGGCAAUAAGUUCUCGCAAUGAAAAGAUUAAAGAAAACUGUUUGUGCUCCAGAGUCAACCUAUCAAUUUCAAUCCACCGCCGCAAUCACAAUGGCAGAAAACUCAAACUUCUUGGAUGUCAACUUCGGCUUCAUCGGCCUGGGAGCAAUGGGCUAUCCCAUGGCGAUGAACAUCUGCAAAAAGAUGUCGCCAACCAAGGCCCUUUACAUAACCGAUGUGAGCCGUCCGGCAGUCGAAAAGUUUCUUGCGCAGGCGAUGCAAGAGAACUGGGGAGGUCUCGUGGUGAUAGUGGAGACGGCCAAGGCGGUGGCCGAAAAUGCGGAGACAAUCUUUACAAUUGUCCCCGCAGCAAGCCAUGUAAGGGAUGUGUACCUCAAUCCCGAAACGGGGGUGAUUGCUGCAGGGAAGAGCGAGGGAAGGCUGUGUGUCGAGUGCUCCACGAUCGAUCUGGCGACUACGCGGGAUGUCGGAGAGAAGAUCAUGCAGGCGGGGGUGGCGGAGUAUGUUGAUUCUCCUGUCUCGGGCGGCGUACCAGGCGCCACAGAAGGAACCCUCUCCUUCCUCCAAGGCUGUCCGCCUGCCUCCGCUCUCUCCGCCCGUCUCACCGCGGUCUCGCUUCUCAUGGCGUCCCCCGACAAAAUAUUCCCCUGCGGCCCGCUCGGCAGCGGGCUAGCCGCCAAGAUCAGCAACAACUACCUCUGCGGCACCAACCUGCUUGCGUCCGCCGAGGCGAUGAACUUCGGCAUCCGCAACGGAGUCGACAAGCACAUCCUGUACAAAGUCAUCCAGAACAGCACGGGACAGAACUUCAUGCUUGACAAGGUGACGCCUGUGCCGGGAGUCAAUCCCGCCGCCCCGAGCAGUAGGGAUUAUCAGGGUGGGUUCAAGGCGCAGAUGAUGGUUAAGGAUAUGACGCUUGGCGUCGAGGUCGCUGAGGCGACGGGGGUGGUGGCGACUAUGGGCAGGGCGGCGUUGGAGGUUUACAAACAGGCGGCAGUGGAUCCGAGGUGUAUCGAUCGUGAUGUGAGUGUUAUCUGGCGGUUUUUGGAUGGACCGGAGUGAAGAUUUUGUCCCGCGAGGGUUGCCGGCAGGUUACUGGUAGAGUGAUAUGGCGAGAAUUAAGCAAGACCUCUUCAGAAC